UUAGAAGUGAUUAAAACCAAAAAAAAUCAAUUUUGAAGUUUUCAUAACUUUUUUUUUCUGUAAAGGUUGCAUUUAAUUGCAAUUAAAAGUCUAGUGACGUUGAAGCAGUUUAUUUUUUUUUAUUUACACUUUACAUAUAGAUAGUUAAUUUUUAUAUACUAUACAAAGCUACUACAUACACCUUUGAGUAUUUUAUUACAUCGAAAACCACGUACUUAUAUAUACUUACAUAUAUACAUACAUAAGUAUACCUUUUGAAGCGAAGCUCAUAUUAUUGUAUAUGUGGUGUUUUUACAAAAAGUAAAGUGGAAAAAAAAACGUGCAUACGUGACACAAAAAUAAAAAAAAAAAUAUUCAAUUUUUGUUUUUGUUUUGAAAAAUUGCGACUGAAAAUCUUGUUCUUGUUGUUGAAUUGUUUGUUUCUUUAACACACGGAAAAUCACAAUUGAAUAUUUUAAAAGUGCUAAGAUUUGCGGUACAGAAUUUUCAAUUAUUACUCUUAAGAACAACAAACUGGCAUAUUUCAUUUGAAAAUAACGUCAAAAAAUUUAAAAAAUUUUCAAGAAAAAAAAUUAAUUUUGGAGCGAAAAAAGAUUUUUUUUAAAAAAAAAAAACCUGUUUUAUCUACUAUAUACAUACAUAAGUACACAAAUACGUACACGGUUAUCAAAAUAUAAUUUCCGCAAAAAUUAAAAUCAUAACCAACUUAUAUUUUGUUUUGUUUUUAGAAUUUGAAUAAAAAUCCAAGAGAACCAUUUGAUUUUUGAUACGUAAAAAAUUUUUAAAAUUAAAAAAGAAGAACGCUAGAGAAGGAGGAAAUACUGAAAAAAACAAAGCAAAGCAAACAAAUAACAAACAUUUUCCAUUUAAAUUUUGAAAAGAACGCAAAAAAAAAAAAUAAAAAACAAAAAUAUUUUAUUUAUAAAAAUAAAAGCGCGUAAAUUUUUUGUCGCUUGCACUUUUUAUUUUUAUUAUUCAAAAAAAUAACAAGGCCAAAAAAACGUAAUUUUUAUAAAUAAAUAAAAUAAACAUCACACAUUCUUAAAAGGAAGAUAAAAGAUUACACGAAUAAGAAUACGAAAAUAUAAAUAAUAAUUUAUUUUAUUAGAUAUUCACUUAUUGUGUGGCUGACCGCAAAAUUAUUAAAAACAAAUUCUCACAGUAAAAAAAAAAAUUUAAAAAGGAAACUAAGAAAAAUAAGCAAAUAUGACAAGCACACCACCAAAAGAGGAUCUAAUGGGAGAUUCUUGGAUUGAGUUAUGUGCCAGUCCAACUGGUAGUCAAAGAAGUACACCACCAUUAAUUGGACCACAAUUUAAAAGUCCAGAUCGUUGUGUACCAUUUUCGGCAACUGAAGAAUAUUUACGUUUAUUACGUGAAGCACAACGUGAAUCAAAUCAAUCAUCUCAAGUAUCAUUAGCAUCAUCAUCACGUCGUGAUACACCACAUUCUAGUCCAAAAUCACCACCAAACAGUCCAAAUACAGAACAUUGUCCAGAUGAAGAAUUAAAAAAUGUUUACAUCAAUUAUUGGAAUAAGGAUGGAGAUGCACACAAAGACACAGAUUGGAUUUGGGAAUGGAGUAGUAGACCAGAUCAACAACCACCAAAAGACUGGAAAUUCGAACACCCACAUGCAAAUCCAAAAAGAAAACCAAGAAAUUAUUCAAUACGUUUAGCACGUGUUGGAAAAAAUUCAUUAUUCUCAAAAGAAGUAUUGUAUUCUUUACUAUUGACAAAUGUUUUAUCAUUGUUAUUAGGAGCUGGUUUAGGAUUGUGGCUUAGUAGACGGGGAAUUUUAUUAGCUCGAGUUACUAUCGACUGAGAUAAUAAUUACAUUUUAAAAAGUAUAUGCCCAUCUUAUAUAAUGUGCACAUACAUCCACUGAAGUUUUUAUUGAAAUAUUAAUACAUACUACAUACAUAUACUAUUUUUAUCAUAAACUAAUAAACAUAAAUAAUAUUAUAAUAAUAUAUUAUAUAAUUCGAAAAUCACAAUAUUUUAAAUAAUUAUAAAAGAAAUGAAAUAUGUUUUUUUUUUAUUAUUAAAAAAAUUUUUAAUAUUACAAAAUGAAAUAAAUAAAAAUGAUAAAAUUAAAAAAAAAAAAUGGAAUAAAAAUGUUA